CUGAAGAAAGGGAGCGUGCCUGUGCCCGUAACUGAAACCAUGGACUCGGAGGUCAACAGGAAGUGGACGCAAUUUGAGAGGCUGUGCUUUAGGGAAAUGAACGUGCAGUCUCUCAUUGGGGCUGAGACCUCUGAGUUAAGCUCCCAAGGGGCGCCCCAGUCUCUCAUGAGCUCACAGACUUGUCAGUCAAGCCUCAAAGACGUCUCUCCGGGAGUUACUGGCUGCCGAGCGAAUAAGCAAAACUCCAAAGAGGCCCUUCUUUCUGUAAAUGGUACCCAAGCCAUUCAAUCAAACACAGCUGAAGCCCUUCAAAGGGAGGCCCUCUCUCUAAAACAGCAGGUUGAAAGCAUUAAAAGGGAGCGGCUGGCCAUGGGGAUGGAUGUGGACAGUCCGUGUGGCCCAAUGGCCCCCUGCAGGGCCCGACUGGAAGCCAUGGAGGCGGCUCAUUGGAAAGCACUGCAGGAGUUGCAGGAAAAACAUGCCCAGGAGAUAAGGGAGCUGGAGAGUGAGAAGGACAGGCUGCUAAAGGAAGAAAGCCAGGCAGCAGCUGAAGCCAUGGAAGCACUGACAGCAGCUCACCGUAAGGAGAUGGAGAGUGAGGUUGAAAAGGCCAGAAGGCUGGCUGGAGGGGGUGCACAUAGCGACACUAUGUACAGAGAACAGAUGCCCCCGGCUGACCCCUUAUGCAGUGAGUUGGAUGCGCUGUCAGCACGCUUGUCUCAGAAGUGCUUGGAGGUGAGCAUGUCUGAGCAGAAUGUCAAAGGCAGAGAGACAGAGCUUGGCCGCAUGGAGAGAGAGAUGGCGCAGCUCCGCAGAGAGAACAAGGAUCUUAAGGCUAAGCUGGCUGAGGAGAUUAGUCGCAUGCGUUAUUUCAUCACAGGGCAGAGGUCAGAGAUGAAAUCCCUCAGGAACACCAGCCGUAGCCCCUCGGAGUUGGAGAUGCUGCUGAGAGUAAAGGAAAACGAGGUGGAGUACCUUAAGAAGGAAAACGGCUGUCUGCAGAGCGAAGUGGAGUUCCUGAAGAAGGAGAAGGCGGCAGCUUAUGAGCGCUACCAGGAGGCUUAUGUAGAGUUCAAUGCAUGGAAAGGUCGGAGCCAACUGGAGAUUGGCUCCCUGAGAGAGCAUCUGAAACUGGCCAACGCUGCACUAAAGGAAGGGGCAGGAGACACUUGAGUGGUGAGGACACCAAUUAAGGGUGUCCUUUAUGAACAAAUCCAGGAGGCGUUUAUUAAUGCACAUACUACAUAGUGCAAUAAGUACGGACAAUAAAAUCGUAUGACAUCUUGCUCUGGCACUGACUGCCUAACUGGGAUUUGUCAGAUUAAGUGUAAAAAUGACCUACUUUUGGAUACCACUGUGCAAUUCCGACUGUU